AUGACAAACCACUCGACAUACCCCACGACCAAGGUGAUGGCCAGCAGUCAUAAUGGAGACCUGAGGGCGACGAUGCAGCCUCCUCCGAUUCCUCUGACACAAAUGCUACCUUUUAUCUUUGGUGUGCUGCCCGCAAGCAAAGAUGCUGCGGUGCCAAGGCCGCCCCACCAAGUCCAUCGCGAAGUGAACAACGCUCUGAGAUUCACUACUAAUAAUGACGACUUUUUUGACAACAGCAACAACUAUAACUUGUUGUGGGCCACGACGCUCCAAUAUCAUCCUCAACGCGGAGACGCUUCGCAAGAAUCGACAGAGGAUCUUUCGCACCCGAACCAGUAG